GCCUAGACGAAGCCAUUGCGAGUGACGUGGCCUGUGUGGGGCGUCCGGAGCGGGCGCGAGUGGGUUGCAAGCAGAAGUGGAUGCGGAUCUGAGCUGAGCCUGAGGGGGAUGUGGUGGUGGGGACAGGCGUGAUGCGUAAGCCGUUGCUGGGGUGAUGCGAAGGCACUAAAGACGUGUGUGUGCGUGUGUGUUGUGUCGCCGACUCGGCGGCUUUCAAACCUGUCUCGCUCUUAUUGAGUGCACACGCACACGCGAGAUGCAUGCUCAUAACGCACGUGCACAUGCAGUAUGACGCAGGCACACGAUAACUGCCGAACCCACAAAACGGCAUUUGUAUGGAUUUCUCUCAAAGGUCCAUAAAUGGUGGUUGCGGUGGUUGCGGUGGUGGUGGUGCUGGCAUGCAAUACAAACACGUACGGCAUGGCGAGGCUGCACAAAAGAUUCAUUCACCGAAUGAGGCACCCACGGCUCAUCGUCGUUUUCCCUAUGUCCAUUCCGGCCCUCCCCCGCAGCCCGUUUCUUUGCUUUUUUUUGACGGGUGUGCUCCGCUUGUUCCGUUAAUGCGGGAGGAGGGCGCGCCGGAUGCUUUACUAAUACAAGCACACAACUGACGUGCGCGCAGGCAGCAAUGUCGCAUGUGCCAUGGGUGCAGGUGUUUCCCCAGGCUGAUUGUUGCUGUUCCUAGUUUGCCCUACUGUAGAUGGCACGUGUUUUGCGGCUAGGAGCUUACCGACGCAUGCAGAUCGCAGCCAUGCCCGGGCGGCGUCGCCCGGGCCUGGUUUUGCGCACACCCACCGUACGAGAUCCCUUUUCUUUUCUGUUUGUUCUGAUAACAAUGAGAUGCGGCUGCCAUUAUAAUGGGGACAUGUGAUGUUGAUGAGGGGGCCAUGCGACAUUGCGGAUGAGGGUUGCCGUCGCGGCGACGCACACCUGCGCGCACGCACGCUAGCGAUGCCAGACUAAGGCGGAGGUUAUACAAUGCUGGUAUCGCUGUUUGGGGGGUGGAACUUGAGACUGGGAGGAUAGUACCAAGACCAGCAACAGCAACGACACGUUUCCUAAUGACAGAGUGAAGGCCGCCAGCGGCAUGUGGUAAUAUAGAUGGGGGGGAGUCGUGCGCGUGUUGUGUGUGGAUGUGUGGGUGUGUGGGGUGUGUGUGGGUGUUUGUGUGUGAGCAUGUGUGUCCGGCACUGCUAAAGCUUAAAGACUGGAACUUAAAAAGUCGCGGAGGCGGUUUGGGCCCCACAGCGGCGUGCGAGGCUGCACGCGCGUCGCGCGCAACUCCCGUCUGGAGCCGGAGAGCCGGGAGCGGGUUGAAGUCCGCAACGCACACAUGUGCGGGCGCGUGUGCGGGCGCGUGUGGGGACGCCGCGUGCUUGCAUGGAUCCCAAUUGCUGACGCGGGACUUGAGCACUGUCCCGGAAGGUGCCAGGCAGGCACCCGCUUUGCCGCCCACGCACGAGCAUUGGCAUGGAUCGAGUUACUGCACACACACUCUCUCACGAUUAUCUUUUGCGCUUUCUUGUCGAGCUGCAGUGGCAGUAGUAGUGCUGGUAAUAGUAGUGUUAGCAGCAGCAGCAGCACGGCCGCUGUGGCUUGCGCUAAACAUGGAAACGGAUCAAUCUGGAGAAGCCGGCGGAAGUUGCAUGCUGUGCAAACGCAAAUGGUGUGGCGAGGUUUCGAGGUCGUGCAGUGUUUCUACAGUGUGCGCUUCGACAUGCCCGCCUGGCUUGCAUUGGAAAUAAAACGGUGCUUGUGUCUGUGUGGGGCUGUGCUUGUGUGCAUUUGGCUGAGGACGGGGCGGCUGCGUUUCGCGGUGUCUGGUUUGCGGCGCGGCUGCCGACGCGGGUGCGGCCGGCUCAAAAAUGAGUGCGCGGGGGCGGCGGCGGUUGCGGUUGUGGUUGCGGCGGCAUCGCAACUGCCAUAGAGGCGCCGGCGAGGCCCGGCGUGACGCUCCGAGGAGCCCGGCGUGUGCCACGUGCGCGCAAUACAUUACGAUUUGUCGUCGCAGGUGUGCGGCCAGAGUUUCGACUUGGAGCCUGCGAGAUGGCGAAGGUGGCUGCGGGUGCGUCGCAGCAAUAAUGCUGGGGAAAAUGCUAAAAUUUCGACAGAAUCCUUAAAGAAUACGGUACGUCACAAUUGCUAGGUUGCAUGUGGGGGUUUACGUAGUGCAGUAUUGUGCAUCGGGGCUCGAUGCAGAGCCGUGCUCUAGACUUUGCAAUCUCUGCAAUCCUGAUAAUGCGGAGAAAAUGGCGUUUUGGAAGGAGGCGAGUGUGCAUGUGCGUGUCAGCGUGUGCGCAGACCUAGGCCGACAAUGGGGGCGGCAGCAGCCGUAACACGGUAGAGCAAGUUGGGAGGUGCUUGGACCCCAAUCCGGGCCCCCGGUUGCGAAACGUUGUUUCUUCACUUAAUUGCGCGCGCCAUCAUGCCCUCCUGCACGGUUGCAGUGCAAUGCCUUCAAAGAUCUCUUAGAUUGGUUGUUCGGGUGUAGUAAUUUGCAAAGCAUGGGGAGGGAAGUGCACUGAAGCGGGGAAGUGCCACCGGAGCUGCAACAGCAGGACAUGGCCAGGCGUGCGCCUGUGUGUGCGCACAGCUGCGUGCGUCCAUCUGAGAGCGUGUGGGUUACCGUUGCCCCUAAUGCCCGGGCGGACGAGAGGAGUAUUGAGGGGAGCUGGAAGGGGGACGUUGGACUGCCCGGUACGGGAACGCGCCCGAAGGGUAUGGGGCACGUGAGGGGCACGAUUUGGGUCGCUGGGAGGGGUGCAUGGCUAGCAGCUACUGCUCCGUUCGGGCGGAGGGCAUGAUUUUGAUGAAUGGGAGGGAGGGAGGGAGGCCGAGGCGCCCUCUGGUGCGGGCGUGUGUGCGCGAUUGCGAUCAUGGGCGCCGUAGCUGAGCGCAGCCGCGUUGCGACUGCGGCUUGAUGCGCGGCAUAGGUCGUGUUUGCGGUGGUGGCUUGGGCAGGGGGGGUGGAGGGGCAGGGGCAGGGGGAUGCUCGUGACACGCGCAACGCGGCGGCAGGUGCAGCCGGGUCAACACCGGAAUGACGGCGAGGGCGAGGGCGAGGUCGCGCGCAUUAGGAGCGUGUCCGCCAGUCUGUAAAGGUUGUCACAA